AAAUCGCAACUGCGCAAAAACCCUCGACCCAUCCCCGCGGCCUGCGCCGGCCUCGAUCUACGGCAGCGGCGGCUGUAGCUGCGGCCUGGAGCUGGCACUGGCUCUCCACUCCCGUUGUAUUGCCCCGCUUCCCCGAGUCCGGCGACAUCCCAAAUCCAGCAACAGCCACCAAACUUUCCCCUUCGCUCCCUGCCGCUGCCCGCGGGGCGUGACACCUUUCAACACACACUAUACUGUGGAUUGCUACACUGCUGUGGUGUACUGCGAGAUCAUGUGUGCAUAUUUCUGGUGACUGUUUGAGGCAAGGCUCACAUAGUAAUAAACCAGAAGGCAGAAAACAACUGUUACAAACUUAUAUCUAUUUUGCAGAAGAGCAGUUGCCUGUUGUUACAAUGAGUCCACGCCCACCUGGUGGUUCAUUAAAUCGUAAGAAUUGUCCAAAUGAGCCGACAUCACUACCCAAUCCUGCGAAUUUUUGCCACCCGCAAUUUCCUCAGCAUAUGCAACUUUCACAACCGCCGUAUGCCAUGAAUAUCCCUUUCCACCAAUUCCCACAGCAACACCUAUACCCACCGAAUGUCCAGUACGUUGUUGUCCAACCACAAUAUGCUCCAUACUCUUUACCACCACGGAUGCCGCCUCCACUACCUGCUCUAGUUAUGCCGUCCACGUCAGCGUCUGAUUCAGGCACCCCACGUAUGGAAACUCGUCAAGAAGAACAAGACAUUGAUAUAGUCAAUGAUGAGACUGCUGAACCUGACCGGACUGCUAAGCGAUUACACUGGACAGAACAGGAGGACAUAAGGCUGAUACGUAUUUGGCUGAAUAGCCCGAAGAUCAAGAAGUAUGACGUGUACUGGGCGGAUGUUAUAGCAGCAUACAACAGCAACACCCCUAAAGAUAGGAGAAGGGAACCAGCACAUUUGAGGUGUCAUUGGCAUAAGAUGAUCCCAAAGAUUGCCCGCUUCGAUGACUGCUGGUGCCAGGUCAAGGCAAAAUAUCCUAGUGGCCUGUCUGACAAUAUGCGGCUGAUGGACAAAACAUGGGUGAUGUUCAAUGCGGAAGCACGGGCGAUGUAUCUUGAGGAAGUAAAACGUCGUUUUGCUUAUAACCACUGCUGGAAAGUUGUCUGGGACCAACCCAAAUGGAAAUCCUACAUCUUGUCUUUGUCCUCCAGAAAAGCUAAGCUCUCUGAGUCUGGGGACUACACGUCAUCCUCUGAAGAUACUGAGGAUGACCCUGAAAAAGAGACAAGCGAAGAAGGUAGCGUCACUGCGAAGGAGAAAUAUGAAGGUAAAGGUGAGGUGGAAAAAGAUAUUCAAUGCUCACUGGAUCUUCAGAACAUGCUAAAGACUAAUCCAGGGGAGAUGACAGGGGUACAACUGCUGCACGCAGAUCAAAAUCUUGAACCUUCCAGAAUAGAGCCGCCAGAAAGAAAGGACAAUGAAGCAUUAAUAUCAGAGAAGCAACCAGAAUUGUUGAUGACUGCUGCUUCGUGGUACAAUGAGUUUCUGCCUGGGAGUGAGCUGUUGGCUGGUAAUUCGAAGUCCAGCGAGUUGCAACAUGGGGGAGUAUCGAGAGAAGAUGAGCCCGAAAAAGGAACACUUAAACAGGGUUACAAGGCACCAGACCAUGAUAGAGCAACGGCCAUGGAAAACCUUCCUGAAAAGGACUGUACACAAGUCUUCAAGAAGCCAGAUCAUGGGAUAGCAGCGAGGGAAAAUCUUCCUGAAAGCAAAGCAGGUGCGCAAAGUUGCAAGGCGACAAAGCUCAAACGAAAACGCAAUGGCAAGGCGUUGCCUUGUUCGUCUGAGGUGCAGGAGGACAUCAAACGUGCAGUGGAUCUUCAGACCAUGCUUAUGAAGGAUCGGGAGAAGAUGUCAGAGGUACAGCUCCGUCUCUCGAAAGAGAAGCUUGAGUUCGCCAGACUAAAGCAACAGGAAGCAAAGGACAAGAAGGAAACAACACUUUACGAGAAGUAUUCAGAGCUGUUGAUGGCUGACACCUCCAGGUUCAGCGACUUUCAAAAGGCAGAGUAUGAGAAGGCCGUGAAGCUCAUGGGCGAGACGUUAUUUGGUAGAGAUGAUAGCUAGCAUUAAUCGUUGAUUUAGUAGGUUAUAUUAAACACUUCUGGUGAAGUACUAUCUUAUGGAGCACUAAUGUUGGAAUGUAGGUCAACGUUGUUAUACCUGUUGAUUUAGCCUACUCGCGGUUUAAGUAA